AUGAACAUAAUUAAGAAAGAGUUGUCACAUUUCCCCUGUUUUUUAAGAAGAUGGUUACAUAACAACGGAAGGGAUACACGCCAAAUGUCCAGUCGGAGGGGAAUCGAACCAUGUUUGAGUGACAUGAAAAGGAAAGGAUGCGACGUAAAUGUGUUGAGCUUGGUAAUAAGUAAUAAUAACCUAUGCUACUGCUUGCUGAGGAAUAAAAUUAUUAAAAAAAUUGGACUGAUUAACAUUAAGAAGGACUUCCAGCCCUAUGAGCAGGGUUCCUCUAGCACUCGAAAGGGAAAAGGCAAACUCGACAAGGAUGAGUUAACAUACAGCUAUGACCGAGAGGACACCCCUCUUAGCUUUAACAUACGGGAAAUUCUAACCGUUUUGAAUUUGGUAAAGUUGCACUCCGAUGGGGAUGGGCAACAGGGCGAAAGCUCGAAGGGUAUGACCAGCGGUACGACCAGCGAUACGACCAGCGAUACGACCAGCGAUACCUCCAACGGUAUCACAAACGAUAACCCCAAUGGUGGUGCUGAUCAGUGGAGCCAGGCGGGUGACCCACCAAUGGGCGCGCACACCGGAAAGGCCAAAGUGGGAGAAGAAAAACAACAUCGUCAUGGACAGAGCCCGCCGCAGGAACAUCAGCGCCCGAAGCAGUCAUCGCAAGAAUGGAUCAUCGGUAUCGAAAAGGUAAAUGACAAGUACGAGAAGAACAGAACGAAGGAAAAAAUUCUUUCCGUCCUUGUGUACUUCCUGAACUCAAUUUUCAAAUGCCAAAUUGUUUUUUUCUGUCCUAAAGAGGCGAGAAAGUAUUUCAGCACCAAAUGUAGCUGUAACCUGGACACGCGCGAAGAAACGUAUAAAUACAUAAAGGACAAGGUGCGGAACUUUCCAACUGUAAGUAAAAGUGAUAACGCGGUAAACUGCCUUUUCAGUGACAGCUACGUCAUGGCAUUUUACGCGUACAGGUACUACAUGCACCACCUGGUGAAGAAUAACCGAACCGUUUUUAACUACCUCGAAAGUGAAGUGCGCAGAAAUAGGAGCUUUAACAACAUUCUACAGAGCUUGAAGCACAUGGAAAAUAAGGAAUCCUCUCACGACUUGAGGGAGCUUCUCAGGGAUAGGAUUGGCCGCAUCGUGGAUCGAGAAUCUUACAGGUUGGUUGAUAGACACAUGAUUUGA